AUGAAUUUUCAGUUCAAAAUCCCCGAGACGAUCCCCCAGGAUAUACUCCUUAUUCAAGACAUUGUUGGAGUCAUCCCCCCACCAAAAACAGAUGUCUGGAAGGAUGUCCACAAACCCACAGACUCGAGCGAUGAUUCCAUCGCAAGCUCGUCCAGCGAGAUUGGCAGUGAGGACGAGGUUGAAGCCGAUUUAAUGGUUCCAGAUGAGGAAUCUUCCAAACUUACACCUGUUCUGCCAGGAUCACCAGAGUCAGACUCAAGCUCUGAUUCAGAUUCAUCCUCGGACUCGGACUCGGAUUCCGAGUCAGACGAGGAUAAAACUGCCGAUAAAGCAGGAGAUAAAAACGCGCUGAACCCUCGAAAACCACAGAUUGAUGUGGACGAUGACGAGGAGUCGGGCGCUACAGCUGUUGCAUCAUAUGUACAAACCAAAAAUGAGAUUGUCGAGACAGACAUUAUUGUCCCUUCUGUAUCAGAAGUUGGACCCGAAGAAGUGUUGGAAAAGGUUGGCGAGGUGAUGAACAUCAUUGGGAAUGUAGUAAUUGUGAAGGGCCUUCCUGCUGACUCCUCCAGAGCUGCGUCUGAAAAGGCACUAGAUGUCGAGACACUACUUGUCUUUGACGAUCGAAACGUUCUCGGACAUGUAUAUGAGACGUUUGGGCCCACUUCCCAGCCCUUGUAUCAAAUAAAAUUCAAUCAGAGCUAUCCGCUGGAUACUGAGAAGAUUCGUGUCGCUCGCGAAGUAUACCAUAUACCGCAACGAAGUAAUUUCGUCUUCAUGGAAUAUCUUAAAAAGCUUCGGGGGAGCGACGCAAGUAACAUUCAUGAUGAGGAGCCCGCUGAAGAUGAAAUGGAGUUCUCGGAUGACGAACAAGAAGCUGCAUUCAAGCAGGCGCGCAAGAAGAAACGUGGCAUGUCUGUAUCAUCAUCUCGACAGACAACACCUGCGCCGCCGCAGUCCCACUACAACAACGAUGAUAUUGAUAAAAUUUUCUACGGGACGAACCCAUACGACGCCCAUGGCCCAUAUGACGACGGGUACCGGGUCGCCGGGCCGUCACGUCCAGCGCCUAUCCCAUACGACGACCCGUAUGCCGAUGAGGUCAAAGUGGACAUUGCGAAAUAUGAAGAAGACUUGAACGGCCCAUCCCCUGAGGCCCGCCCGUCUGGUAGAGAACCCGAGAGAAGCUUUGGAGAGAGCAGAGGACGGGGCCGAGGGCGUGGAAGUAGUUAUGAUAGGGGUGGAGGGGCUCGCGAUCGUGGAAGGGGUCGUGGGCGCGGGCGCGGGCGGUCAGAUCGUGGACGGCCUUCGUGGGGAGAGUCUAGACGGUCUCAACAAAGCCCUACAGCUCCUCCAGCGGACCCGUACAAUUCAAGCACUUUGACACAUCUAUCACCGACAUCUGACGAGAUAGGGCGCGCAACAAUUCAACCGGUCGGGAUCCCUGGGUAUUCUCCUUCGCAACCUUUCUCACCUUCACCAUCAUGGGGUUAUCAGCCAGGCGGGUUUCAAGGUCACUCAUUUGGACAACAACAGCAAUCAGUGCAACCGCACAUCAAUCCUCGGUUUGCGUCUGCAUUUGGGUUCGGUGUGACCCCCACGGGCAUACCUCCUGCAUGGUUCGGGAGCCAAGAGGCUCAGCAUAACUCUUAUCAGGCACAACAACCCUCUCAAACCUGGACGAAUCAGUGGUUGGUGCACGGGCAGGAGUCUGAACACGCCGAGAGCGAUACGUACACCCCGAUCUAG